AUGUCCGGGAACGCAGCCAAUGACGUAUACGACACCGAAAGAAGGCGUAUCAACAAUGACAGAAAUUGUCCUGGCAACUUGACUCGGUUUCGAAAACGAGAGAAACCUAAUUGCAGACGUCUGGCUAGAAUAAACCAUUGUGGCCAUGCCGUGUGCACAUUCAAAGGCUGUACCAGCUUCUCUCCAUCAAUCACGUGCACACCCACAAGCCGACUCAUCUUAUCUUUCUCCUUCCGCUCCAAAGCGCUGGGCCCUCACUCUUGCCGACAUCUUCCUGUCACUCUCGCCAGAGCGUCCGAUCUGUUUGCGCAAACAGUGAAUAGGGUUAGGGAUGCUGGGGUUGUCGCCAGCUUUCAUCUUUUUGGCUACAAAGCCUCUGUUUAUCGCCCAACGGUAAUUCGUCUUCUGGUAAUUGGGGAAGCUGUGCCCGGAUUGGUGGAGCAAAGUGGAUGA